CGCGUUUGAAAACAUGAUGUAGUCUCAUCUUUCGGUUUUAACAUGUCGGUUGUACUUGUGAGCAGUGCAGCCAACGACAGCGAAGACCGUGUUUCUUUGCUGGAUUUGCCCGAUGACACUAUUUUGUGUAUUUUGUCUUACAUGGAUUACACCGAUCUCUGCAGACUUGGGUGUUUGAACUGCAGAUUAAAUAAGUUAGUCAAGUAUGGUGGACUGUGGAAAAGACUAUGUAACACCAUAUGGUUGGAUUCUUUACAAGUAUAUUCAGAUGUCUCAUGGUAUGACAAUUUUAAGCAUUGGUUUGCAGACUGGAGUAGAUAUGUGAAGUGUUAUGUCGAUAUAAAAACAGCAUGGAACACAUUAGAAGACUUCACCAAGAAGUACUGUCCUGAAAUUUAUGCAUAUCUGAAAGAUCCUGUAACAGAGUCUGAAUUGGAUCAGUGUGAAAGAGACAUGGGAUGCAAACUACCCAUAGAUCUGAGAUGUUCAUUCAGGAUACAUAAUGGUCAGAUCAAUGAGCUGAAGGGUUUGAUGGGAUCUGUUGAACUCGGUACUUAUCAUUAUUCACGAACCGAAUUGUUACUGGAUUUAAAAAGUGCUAUAGCUGGAUUCAAUAGUGCUGAGUCUGGCUGUCUAUUUCCUUUGACGUUUUGUCCAUUUCAUGGUACAUCUCAGUACAUGGUACUCAAAUCACAGCAUUCUAUGGUAUCUGGUACAGUGAUUUAUCCAUGUGAGGACCCAGCAGCACUGUACAAAGAUUACUUCAUAAGUGCAGGGACAUUCACAGAAUGGUUAUGCAGCUUUGCAAAGAAACUUCAGCAGAAUAAAUACCGUGCUAGAGACGGAGUGAUAUACAGGUAUUACCAUGAUGACAACUGUGUAGCCGUUACCAAUCAUAUCAAAGUUACUGUGGCAACUUGCAUGAUGCCUGAGUUGAGUUCUAUUAAUCCACCAAAGUAUAUAUUUGCAUAUCAUAUCACCAUGGUAAUGGAUGAGCAAGCUCCAAGUUCAGAUAGCUGCCAACUACAACAUCGUCACUGGGAGGUUGUUGAUGGUCAGGGAAGAAUUGAAAUUGUGGAUGGAGAAGGCGUUGUUGGUGCCUUUCCUAUCUUAAGGCCGGGUACUUCAUAUUCAUGGGUGAGCAUAACUCAUUUUGCCACUCCAACGGGUUACAUGUCUGGCUACUUUACAAUGGAAAAGUUGAAUUCAGGUGAAAUGUUUGAUGUAACCUGUCCUAUGUUUACAAUGAAAAGUCUGGAAAUAAGUACAUCAAAAGAAAUACAGUGUGAAGAUUAACCAGGCUCAUUAUGGGAUUGAAGCUGUAUAGCAUUAAACGUUGUUGGACAUGUUUCUGAAUCCCCAAAGGUCACAACUUUCGGGAAGUGACUUUCAGAUCGAGCUCCCUCAUUUUAGUCUGUAGCUCUGUUCAAAUCCAUGGAUGUUCUGUCCAAUGUGGAAUUGGAGUGAUGCAUGGUAUUGAUGCAGUAGAUAUCAGCAAAUAUGCUACCUGACAUCAAGUUCAACUUAGUGUGACCCAACAUCUCAUUUUACUUGCCAACAUUACACAUUAACAGUGUUGACACAAACGUUGCCUAAUUAAAUGCUAUAUAUAGCUCUUGUAUAAUAUGGAAAAGAAAUAUAGUGACUAGGGCACCACUGCUUAGUGGCACAUGAGUCAUAUCCUUAAAAGUAAUCCACAAUCCUUUGACUCAUGUGAACUGAAGUGAGUUAGUAGUGACUGAUUUCUGACUCACUGUUGGAUUUUGCUUGAGGGUACACAAACAUGAACUGCAUGUUUGACAGUUUUUUCCAAUUAUGUAUCAGAACUGUAAUUAAGUUGUAGCUUAUGUUGGGAUCACCCAUGAAAUGACACACUCUACCAGAUGUCAGGGCUCUUAAAUAUUAAGUGGGAAUAGAGAGUACAAAAUGGCUGCCUUGGUGUUACUGAAUAUAUGUGGUGUGAAUUACACACAGAUCAUGCUGAUAGAUAGUACGGUCAAUUUGCAUGAAUACUAAAUAUGUAAAGGUUGAUUUUUCAAUCAGUUUGGGUGCAUGAAUGGAUAUACAAUUAGGACUACAACAUGUACUGCAGUUUAAAACAGGGGAUUCCUUAUAAAGUGUUUACAUGCUAUAUAGCUAACCUACAGUUGUUUUUAAAUGCACAUAUCGUUUUUUGAUUGU